UAAAUGGAUUUGCAGUAAUCUUCUUCUGCUAUAUGUGAGCCUACAGUGUUAGUGAGAGCAUCUCGGCAUUAACAACUGAAUUACAAGUGUUUCUCGAUCUUCCCUUAUAAGAGAUCGGAUGGGAACAAUGGCGAUUGGAUGGAUGAUCGUUUUAUCCGCGUUAUUUGUCCAAGCAUUAUCAGCGCCGAGUGGCUGCAUAGAGUCUUGCAACUUCCUCCAAACAAGCAUUCAUCAAACAUCGAGCGGUUAUCAAGAUCAUGCGAAUUUAGUUCAAGCAAGAACGAACUUAAAUGAUUACGAUUACGCUAGACCAGGAAACUGGACUGAACAUAAUCAGUAUAGGACGGACGGUGGGCACGGCAAGGUUCACGAAGAACGGGGACAAUAUGUCGACACGUCGAAAAAGGUGAGAUAUUACAAGAAGAAUUUUACCACGUCCUACGGAAACGUAAACGGAGUGGACGCAGCGGACUUAGGUGAAUCAAGCAGUCAACACAGGUAUAAUCCAACACAAGUGCCAAUUAGCCGGCAUUUUCAAAGCGCAUACGGCCUAGGAGAGACAGGCGCGAGCGAGACCGGAUACAAUAGAGUGCACAGCCAACAGACACAAUCAUCAUCAACGCGAAUCGAAAGCAAGAACGAGAGACUGGAAGAUUUUGGGGAAUACGGCGGAUAUUCGCAAGUGAAUCAACACAUUCCCGGCAUUAACACACAAACGAUCGACACGCAGCAUCAUGUCGAAACAGCUCCCAAUAAUUGGAGCAGAUCAGACUCUUACAGGACCGAUGGAGGUCAUGGACAAGUCUUCGAGGAGGAAGGUCAAUACGUAACUGGGCCUAAGAAAGUUCGUUAUUACAAGAAAAACUACACCUCCAACUACAGCUCCGGCGCUCCUCAAAGCGUCAUUGGCUCGGCGACAUUGGACGAAUUACACGGUGAAUUGCAAAGGAACCUGCAGCAAGACCUCGAGAGCGUUAGAAGGAAUUUACAUCAAAUCUCUAGCACCGGACACACUGCCGCGACCACGCACGUAGGUUCGACUCAGAUGGACUUGACUCAGGAAACAGUCGGUCUCCACGAUCUGCAAACAGCCGAGAGCGGUUACAGACAUUUGGGCUACCAGGGCGGUCCGUCCACCGGAAGUGUGCAUCAUACCGAGCAGCAGAGAGAAAUACACACCGAUACGAGACAGUUGCCGUAUACGUACCCUACCGCGACCGCAGAUACGUAUGGCACGGAAAGCCACCGAAGUUAUCAGAGCCAUGAGACCCACUCAUCUCGAGUGCAUCCUGUGCCUCAUUCGAGUCACUUAUCUCCCGGUUACGUACAGGUUCCCGGAAGCGGUUACCAAACUAGCGGAUACCAAACCAGCGGCUACCACAAUGCGCAAUCGAGUGGGCAUCACCUGGACGAAACUCAUCGUACAGAGGCCCUGGGCACGCAUCGGUCCAACGUGCUUCAGAAUCAGCUGCUGACUGACUCCCAGCGCGUGUACAACCCACAUUUGAGUCACGUCACGUAUCCCAGCAGACAUGGCGAAACUAGGCACUACGAGGAGCAGUGGAGAUCCUCCAGUCACACCGGGGAGAGCGUAGCUCCCGAACGAACCAUUACGGGCUAUUCUGGACACGGUGUUGGUCACACGGAAAGAGCGCAUUACGAUCGGGACGCGUAUAACGAGCACCACGGACGUUCCCAUACCGCCCAGGGAUACGAGUCUCAUGCACGUACUGGCGGCAGCAGUUAUGAUUCUGCGUACAAAACGGGACAACUCGUGACCGGAUCGCUGGACUCAGGCCACGCAGCGCAUGGCGCCGAUUGCACCGAGGAGACUCAUCAGCAAUAUCAACACGAAACCAGAUACCACAGAAAAUACAAACGAGAUGAUCGUCACGUGCAGCAACAUCAAGUGACCGAUGAGGAUUUUACACAGCAAGAUCAGGAACUCGGUCAAGAGAUACAACAGCCGGAAGAUUUGACAGAGCAGAGUGAACAGUUUACACAACAGAUACAAGGAUCUGACAAACUCGCGCAACAAAUUGGCAAACUUGAAUUUGGUCAACAAUCCAUCGAUAACCAUCAUUUGGAUGAUUUAACACAGCCGAGCGAGCAAUUCGACUUCAUGCAGCAGAGUGAACACAAGUUUACACAACAGCCACAAGGCUCUGACGACUUCACGCAACAAACGAGUGAACUUGAAUUCGGUCAACAAACCAUUGAUAAUCAUCAUAUGGAUGAUUUAACACAGCAGGGCGAGCAAUUCACUCAGCAGACGGAGGGUCAGUUUCAAUUUGGCCAGCAAACUAUUGAUAAUCCGUACUUAGAGGAUUUAACGCAGCAGACACAAGAAUCCGACGAUUUCACACAACAGGCGAGUAGUAAACUUGAAUUUGGACAGAAAACUGAUGACGCUCGACAAUUGGAGCAAUUCCCACAGCGAACAGCAAGAUCGGAAAGUCUGACGCAACAAACUCAACUAGAUAAACAUGAAUUUGGACAACACGUUGUCGAUAAUAAACAUUUAGAUGACCUAACCCAACAGAGCGAACAGUUUUUACAGCAAACAGAGGGUCAACUUGAAUUUGGACAGCAAAUUGUUGGUGAUCAGCAUCUAGAAGACUCGACACGGCAAAAUGAACAAUUUUCACAGCAGACGGUAGAGUCAGACGAUUUUACGCAACGAUCCGUUGGCAAACUGGAAUUCGGUCAACAAAUGCAAUCGACAGAUAAAUCUGCCAAGCCGCAAAGUCAACGUCUGGAGGAAUUCAAUGAGCAAAAUGAAGAGUUCACUCAUCAGACGGGAAGAUUUGAUGAUUUUACGCAGCAGACAAUGGGACACGUGGAAUUCGGACAACUGCAACAACCGCACAGAUCCAGUAAACCAAGAGACAGCAACUAUCGUUUGGAAGACUUGACUCAGCAGAACGAAGACCUAACUCAACAGACUGGAGGAUUCGAUGAUUUCUCGCAGCAAACAGCAGGGCAUUUGGAGUACGGGCAACAAAGGGAACAGCAGCGAAAUCCUAGCUGGCCGAGACACGAGACUCAACGUUUGGAUCAAUAUUCUCAACAAAAUGGGUGGGAUAUAGAUAAUCUUUCGCAACAAUCGCAUCGAUAUCCGUCCUACAACGACAGAAAUAACAAACCAUCCGAGUGGCAGCUUGGACAAAUGUCGCAAAGACCGAACUUUGAUCAAGAUCUGACUCAGCAAACCAAUCAAGAUCAAUUAAAACCAGCGCCAAAACCAAGACCGAGGCCACGAUAUCAGAAACAUGAUGUCAUUACAUCACAUACAGAUGGAACAGAUACGAUUGUUGACGACGUCUCUAAGCCGGUCGAGGUAAACCCGGAGGCUGAUAUAGACAACUUCCACGGAAGGAUUGUCGAAUCUGGCAGUCGCGCGACGUAUCCUGGACCCAAUCAUCACACGUCGCAAACUCUGUAUCCGACUCAAGGAGGCAGCGUGUUUGACAACCAGAAGGAAAAUAUGGAUCGCUUGCACUGGGUGCACAAGUCAAACGACGCGACGGUAGGCUUGCAAUGGCAUUAUACUUACCAUCCAAGCGACUUGACUAGCGUUGAAGGCUCGCAUAACAAUUAUUAUCCUCGUCACAACCUCGGCUCGGUGUCGCCGCAAAUGGAAGAUACGCAGCAGCAGUCCAAACCAUUCGACUUUAACCAACGAGAGACACAGGACGAGGACACGUUGGAAGAUAAGCGUCAAAAUUCGUACAUUUCUCAAUCGUCGCAACGUGACAAUUACGAUCAGCAAUUGGGGUCGUCUCAACAAACUGAAACGCCCCACUUCGACAAUCAGUUCAAUCGAGAUUCUGACCAAAUCCCGUCAAAGGUAAUUCCACUACAAAAUUCCCAGCCGACUUCCGAACAAGAGAAACGAUCGACGCCGACGGACGAACCGACUGCGGGACAGACGAACGAUAAACCGGAGUCACGAAUCUUGCAAGCGUACGGAGGCGGUGGACCGUAUGACGUACCGCACAGUAAUGACUUCUACAACAGAGUCAAGCCGAAUCCCAGCGUUACCUUGCCACCCUUGGGCGGCGACGAUCCGUGGGACAUUAGGGAAAAACCAAGGGAAUCACUGAUACCCCGGAAUGAAUGGUCGACAGUACGCUACACACCGCAAAUUGUAACCACGACCGAAGCGGUGGAAACUACGACGCAGACGGCAGAAGCUACGACAACCGAGCCAUCCUUUUGGCGCAGAGUGGGCCAUAAAAUAACCAACACGUACGACAAGGCUAAGGAAAAAGCCAAGGACUUCUUCGGCUAGUCUCGACCGUAUCCCACUUAUUUAAGAAUUACAGGAAAAUCUUCUAUUGUGCGAUAGGCUCCUAAUAUGAGAUAGCGGGGUUUCCGCUAAAUUAAUAGACAUCAUUUGUUGGUUCCACCGU